ACUGCUACCUGUUCAUUUGCAAAUACUGAUAACGAAAUAACUCUGUCUUCUCGGGGAGAGUGAGUCAGGUACUUUCCAUCUCUGGCAAUGAAAGACAGAGGUGUACUUUGAUCUGUCCUAUGUCAUCUGACACAACAGGAAGAAGUUACAUUCUCGACAUCGCAGAUAAGACCAGCCCUUUGCCGCUGUUAAACUACUUCCCCGUGAAUUAGCAGUAGCACAGUUAGUUUACAUUGUGUGUUUGACUUCUCCAAUUUCAGUUCAACCCUCUGCAUCCUGGAGAGCUCUACACAGUCCACCUAAACAACACGGGGGCAUAUUUCACCCUGUGAACCAAUAGAAAACUGAAAAUCAAGCUGAGCCAAAAGAUCACCAAGAGCCAAGAACCAUGGAAGAAACCCAGUUCGGAGGUGUAGAGGUGUCCCAGGAAAGACGGGUCAUUCAUUUCACCAACGGAGAGACACUGGAUUUAGACAGUGAGGAAGAAGAGGAAGAAGAGAGACCAGCAUUUAGAGACAAAGAACACAGGGGGAGGUUUUCAUUAAAGAAUCUGGUUCUGCGAGUUGGACGGCUGUCACUGUUCACUUGUGACUUCCUGGGUGAGAAACUGGCCGCAGUACUUGGGCUGAAAGAUGCCAAAUAUCAGUACGCCAUAGAUCAGCACCAACGGCAAAAGGGGAUGCUUAGCAGUGAACCCACAGAGCUAGGGACCACUACUCUGUCUCCUGAAGGCAACACAACUCAUUAUGGAGCGACUGAAGACAAUGGACAAAUAUACAGUAAAGCUCCUCACAUGGACAGAGGGCAACUCAACAGCGGGUACCAGGCAGAAGAGAUUAACCAGAUAGCAAUGGACAAUUGACGCUAUGGACUUUGAGUUCACAUGGACUGGAUAAGUUUGGUACAGUCAUAAUUUAUUUUUCCUAUUUCCACAAGGGGUAUUAGUAAUUUCUUUGGAACAUGGACACACUGUAAAGGGGUGAGGGUGAUGUUCUACAGACAUCAUCUUUGUUUACUAUUUAAAGGUCCUAUAUUAUGCAAAAUGGACUGUUGGGAACUGUAAGCCAUGUCAUAAUGCUGUUAUCUCAUCAAAAACAUACCUGAAGUUGUGUUUUGUUUCAUUCCACCUUGUGAUGUCAUGAAGCUGUUAUUUUCAAGAUCACCAAUCUUAUGGGACAUUUACCUUUGCCUUUCUCUAAACAUUUGCAGGGUUUUUCAUCAAUCAUCAAUCAUCCAUCACUGAAAGCUAAACCCUGAAGUAUUACUCUGUUGUUUUGUUUGAAUAAAAUAAGAUUAGCAAUUUGAA